GUACUAAUAGUUAUAUUCUUCUGCAUUUGUUUAAGAGUAAAGAGGACAAAGAAAAAACUUGAAACUAGGAAGUUACUUCCAGGCAGCGACGAUACAGAUGAAAUUGGAUCUGCGGAAUCCUUGCAAUUUGACUUGGCCACCAUUAGAGUUUCUACAGAUGACUUUUCUGAAGCAAAUAAACUUGGACAGGGCGGAUUUGGAUUUGUUUACAAGGGUAGGCUUUUCAAUGGAGAAGAUAUAGCUGUAAAAAGACUCUCUACAAACUCUAGACAAGGAGACUUAGAAUUUAAAAAUGAGGUCUUGUUAGUGGCUAAACUUCAACACCGGAAUUUAGUUAGACUCUUAGGUUUCUGCUUAGAAGGAAGUGAGCGGCUUCUUGUCUAUGAAUUUGUCCCUAAUGCAAGUCUCGAUCACAUCAUAUUUGACCCAACAAAGCGUGCACACCUAGAUUGGGAGAGGCGCUACAAAAUCAUAGUAGGCACUGCUCGAGGCCUCCUUUACCUCCACGAAGACUCUCGCCUUAGAAUUAUUCAUCGUGAUCUCAAAGCUAGUAACAUCUUGAUAGAUGCAGAAAUGAACCCCAAAAUUUCAGAUUUUGGCAUGGCAAGGUUGUUCGUGCUUGAUCAAACGCAAGGCAAUACUAGUCGGAUUGUUGGGACCUAUGGGUAUAUGGCUCCCGAGUAUGCAAUGCAUGGGCACUUUUCUGUUAAGUCCGAUGUCUUCAGUUUUGGUGUGUUAAUUCUAGAGAUAGUCAGUGGACAAAAAAAUAGUGGCUUCCAGCAUGGAGAAAAUGCGGAGGAUCUUCUAAGCUUCGCCUGGAGAAGUUGGAGGGAAGGGACAGCUUCAAAUCUAAUAGAUCCCACAUUGAUGACUAGUUCAAGAAAUGAAAUAAUGAGAUGCAUCCACAUUGGAUUACUAUGUGUGCAAGAAAAUGUGGCUGAUAGGCCAACCAUGGCUUCUGUUAUUCUCAUGAUGAAUAGCUACUCCUUCACUCUCCCAGUGCCCUCCCAACCUGCAUUUUAUUUGCAUAGAAGCAUUGCAUCGGACAUGUCGUUACGAUCUGAAUAUAAUUCAGGGGCAACAAGGUCAGAUCGAUCGAAGAGUAACUCUGUCAUA